UCGUUUUUGCGCGAUUGAGUUUACGAAAAUUUUACCUGUGUUUCAGGUGUGAAGACUUGGGAAUUAUCUUGAAUUUGGCUAAGCUGUCUCAGUAGAACAUUACCAUGUACUGCUCAUGUCAUGAAAAAUGACUGUUCCUAAUGUUGCCUCCUUAUGAAAAGCUAUUGUGGCAUUGAGGUUGCCUGUAGAACUUUGUUAAAUAUUGCUCUGAAGUGCAGUUUGAUGCUAUGGACUUGGAUAUAUGAACCCUGCAGAAUCUAAUGUAAAUAAUAUGUGAACUGCUGUGCUGCUGUAUAGUUUUUCUGCUACUCUCUUCGGAUCACUGGACUGUUGUUGAAAAUAAGAAAAUAAUUUGAACCUCUUGGAGAAGUCAUGAUGAAUUUUACUCUGGGAAAACAAACCCAUAGGAUUGGUAAUAGCUCCUUUGUUUGCAAAGCCUCAAAUUUCAUCAUGAAAAACAUUAUUGUGUUACUGACAGUGGAACUGGUGAUGGUACUGCCCUACUCUGUUGCUGUAAUUGCUGAUGAUGGUGACAAGCUGUAUUCAGCAUCAACAAACAAUCUUCCCAUCACAACUGAAUGCGAGUAUUAUGAUCAUGACGCCUGCUUGGAGGAGGAACCUAACUGUAAAGGCACUCAGCAAUGUGUUAUGCACAAAAAUAAAACAUCAGAACAUGUCAGCUGCUUUGUCCUAUGGAAAAAUACUACUGAAGGAAAAGUUGAGGUAACCAAGAAAGGAUGUUUUUUUGGUGAUGUGAGCUGCCGCAACCAGACCAAGUGUGUUGCGCUUGAGGAGCACAACCGAGUGACAGAGAUACGUGAGCAUAUUUAUUGCUGCUGCCUCUCUAACAACUGCAACAGGGAGUUCUCGUGGCAGCCAAUGCCUGAACGACUCCAGAAGCCUACUGGAAACCAGGACCACAGCGUCAUAGUGUUGGUGUUGUGUCCCUUCGGAGCUCUGGCCAUUGUUGGGAUCUUGGUCGUCUUUGGAUACUACUGCUACAGGAAGAGGAAGAUGCCGGCAUUCUACCCGCUGCCAAGCAGCAUGGGCGACUGCGCGUCCCCUGGCUUGAGCAGCACGGUGCUGUCAGGGGCGCUGUUGCCCGAGAGCAUCUCUCAACACACGGCCGUCUCGACCCUUAGUCCUGCAAUUCAAAAGCCCGUCAAGUUGCUGGAAGUUAAAGCUAAAGGACGCUUUGGGGCCUUGUGGAUGGCCCUCAGAAACAACGAAUAUGUUGCUGUCAAAAUUUUUCCAUCAACGGAUCACGACUCGUGGCACGUAGAAAAAGAAGUCUAUGGGCUGCCGCAGUUCCGCCACCCAAACAUUCUCGAGUUCAUGGGCGUAGAGCAGCACGGCGACGACUUACUCAAGGAGUUCUGGCUAAUUUCUGCUUAUCACUACCGGGGCUCCCUCUCUGACUACCUCAAGGCGGAGACGGUAUCGUGGCCUGAGGUGCGACGCAUUGCGCUUACUAUGGCCCAGGGGCUGUGCUUCCUGCACGAGGAGCUCCCUGCCAACGGGCUGGAAGCCCCCAAGCCGAUCAUCGCUCACCGGGACUUUAAGAGCAAGAACGUCCUACUCAAAGCCGACCUCACUGCUUGUAUUGCUGACUUUGGUCUUGCCAUCGUCUUCUACGGUGGACAGUCCAAUGGUGAUACACGGGGACAGGUGGGAACUCGGCGAUACAUGGCACCUGAGGUGCUGGAAGGCGCCAUCAGCUUCCAGACAGACGCCAUCCUGCGUAUUGACAUGUAUGCAUGCGGUCUCGUCCUGUGGGAGCUGUUGUCUCGCUGCACGGGUGUUGGUGGCCUCGUGGGUGACUACAAACUUCCCUUCGAAGAGGAAGUCGGCUACCACCCAACACUCGACGACAUGCAAGAGUGCGUCGUCGUCCAGAAGUGCCGGCCUGCCAUCAAGAAGCACUGGCUCAACCACCCUGGCGUAGAAGUGAUGGUGGCGACGAUGGAGGAGUGCUGGGAUCACGACUUCGAAGCGCGUCUAACGGCGGCGUGUGUGGUGGAACGCCUCUUGGCUGUGAGCGCCACGGACAACAUCGUCUUGCCUGACGCCGACACUGACGGCACAUCGCAUGCACCACGCGGCCUUGGCGCCAUUCCUUAUGGCAAUCCUGCAGGCUACAACGCCGAGAACCCUGUCCAUAUGGCAGUAGGGAACAAUUUUCUCGGGCAGCCGAUUCAGGGUGGUGGCCAAUGCGUCAAUAAUUCUCUAAUUUACAAGAGGGCUCCUCAAGGUAACUGUACAGCCAGCGUUGUUUACGGGAAAAGGUUGAUGCCUGCUGAGCUACACAGUGGCAAUGUUUCUCUCAGCAGCAGUGGAGUGAGCAUCCCAGACAAAUACAAUGCCAAUAGUAGUAGUGGGAGCAGCAACGGCAGCUGCAGCAGUAGCAACAGUGGGGGCAGUGACAGUGUUAUAAAUCAUCAUAUUGCUCUCUCGAGCAGCAUCCCCCGGCCUGUAGCCAACGCUAAGCCCACGAUGCCUCCGACCGUUAAUGUUCCCCUGCCUCAUUCCUUCGCACCAAACAUGGUCUCCAAAUUAUCGAGUGAAGGACGACCGGCUAAUCUUCCUGCAAUUAUGGUUCCUGUUGGUUCUAAACAACAAACGGAAGCGCAGCAGCUUCUGACAGAGCAUCAGCUAGUUCCCUAAGUUGGCAUCUCCGGUUUCAAACGCUCGUGUAAAUGUACGGGUCUUGUGUGCUACUGAACUUGUAUUCUCUGUCAAGAAUGGGAGCCCCAGUAGAUAUUAUUUUUUGUUUAGUGAUGCGAAGUAGAAAUUUUAUUUAGUAAAGUAACAUGGUGCAGUACAAACACUUUGUGCAAUUUAAUUCUUCGAUGAUAGAAAGUUCAUUUGAAAAUGGUGUUGCAUGGCAACUAAAAAAGUGAGGAAUUGUUGAGGUUGACGACACGUGCGUAAAAACUUCAGGUGAAAAGGUAAUAGUCCUUUGGAUGCUUAAUUAAUAUGCUCCUGCUAAUUCAACUGAUGCUGGGUUUAGUUAAGUCUCAGCUCUAUGUCAGUCCGUUAGUAAUUUUUCACUCAAUCGAAGUGUCUGUUCCUUGAUUCUCGGUGUGUAGUGCUUACUGUCUGAUGAACUACUAAAGUGACAUGUGGAUGAUGCCAAAAGAUCAACUCAGGACCCCUAUAAGUAGUCUCUAUGUGGCACUUGACGUAUCGUAUCUCCCUUAAAUCGCGCCCGUGCAAUGUGUUGGUAACUCCGUAUACAAGACGAAGGAUCUUCCCUACCUCUGCCCUAGGGUCACUAAUUUCAACGAGUUUUAUGCGAGGCAAUGACGUCGAAUGCAGGCGCUUCAGCGUUACUUUAAGAUUAGUUUUUUUGUUGUCUUUGUUUGUGAAAUAGUUAAGUUAUGAAACGAUCUUGCUGUUAUUUUUUAUUUGGGUAAUAUAACAUUAUAAUGUUAAAUGAUAAGCUGUGUGUUAUAUGCCUGGAAAUUGCCUGGUGAAGCAUCAUUUACAAUGGUUCGUUGACCAUACCGAGUGCGAUGACUCACGGUUAACAUGGAAAUUGGUCAAAGAAUCGAUUUUUCUCGUUGUCAUUCUAAUUCUUGGUCUGCUAUUAUUCGAAUAUUUUAUGAAAAAAAAUUCUAUUUUUGACUAAAUUUAGCAGCGAGUCGUGAAGAAAGCAUUGCUUUGCUGUGUGAUGCUGUUGGGAGCCUGGUGUUCUGGUGAAGAGACAUGAAAGUCUUAACUGAGAUUCGCAGUGUAAUUUGCUGAGUUGAAGGCCUCAGUGUUGAUACUGUCGUAAAGUAAGCGAGUUGCCUUUCUCCAAUCAUGGUGUCCGGUAGCCGUUUUUAUCUUCAGCCCUUCUUGAAAUAACUUUCAAUUUGUGCUGCAAAUUCUGGAAACUGUAACAAAUUCGAGUGAACGUAAACCUAUAGUUAUAUGUGUUUAUACCUAUGGCGCAAUGUAUGAAAAAUUUUGUUGCUUCCUGUACAGUUUGCUGAUUGUGAUCAUUGAGCAAGAUAAAAUUGGUUUACCAGUCAAUUUCAUGAGUGAUUGCCAUUUUCGUUAUUCAUAACUUAGCACUUGAGCAACGUAGUCCAAGUUGAGUGAAAGGAAUACAUCCAACUGUUUGCAUCAUAAUUAAUUCUAAAAUUUGCAACUAUUCCUCAUGCGCUGUUUGACCCUCACGUUUAUUGCGAGUUGUAUUUGUCCGAAGCGACCCUUUUUUGGACAGCUUUUUUUCUACUUUUAACUUAACUGAUUAUUGUUUUACAAUGUGUAACUUAAUGCAUGACGUUACUUCUCAACUCAGGUUUGCACGUUAUCUCAAACAACCGCCAUGUCACUGUUGUAGAAUUUUUGUAAAGCCUACCAUUAGUAAAUAGUAUGAACUUACGCUAGGAUAUAUCCGAAAAUAACUUGAAUUACGUUGUUUUCUUCACUAUUUCAGUCACGAAAACAGCCUCACUGCCCUCAUUUAAAUAGCCAUAUUUCUCUCUAAAUGAAUAUUCUGUCCCCACUACCAAAACCCUCUGUGGCAUUUUUUUGAAGCAAGCAUUGAAAAUAACCGUUUUAUUAUAAGUGUGCUAUCCUUCCGUGCUCCCUAUUUCAGUGAAAUGGACUCUUUCUUACCAAGAGAUUAAUUUCGUGCUCAAUGUUCUUACGUUUUUAAACUCUUUGGGUUCUUGAUUGUUAAGAGUUGCGAUGAAGGCUACUGCUUCUUAUGAGUACAAUUUACCUCGAGUGAGUCUCAAUACAAUCUUGGCUUAUUUGCGUUGCAGCUAAUGAGGGAGCAGGUGCUUUUCAAUGCCUGAAUAUGCGCGCUGCUAAAGUCGUUUAUUUUCUGAUAACUAGUAAAAAUGUUUUUCUCACCCCAUUUCGCGUAAUGGAAAUUUUUUCAAGCAAAUGUUGUUGUAAUCAAACGUUGGGAACACCGCAAAGCUGAAUACCCAGUAACUGACAAUCCUUCAUGAAACUGGGGGAUCAUACAGGAAAUUGUUAUAGCUCUUUAUCAUGGAAUAGUAAAGUAAAUGUGAUCAUUUUUCAUCCACAAAAUUCGAUCGUUUGAUGUUUUAAAUCAAGAACUGACUUUGGACCUUGCGAGUACCACUCAUAAGCCAAAUAAAUAAAAGGUCGAGAUAGCAACAGGUUCCAGCGAAGUAAAUUCAUCUUAUUUCAAAGGCCAGAUUUUGAAUCUCUUUUCCAUGCCUCGAGAUGAGUUGACAUCAGCAAACGAUAAAUUGUCUUGUUUGUUCUUCGGUUAUAUAUAAAUAUUUCUCUAUGGAGUGCCUUCGCAAUCGCUCCUGACGGCCUUAUACCUACUGGUGAUUGGUUCAGCCCUGGAGUGUGGAGGCUAAUGACCGCGGUGCUAUUUGUGAAAGAUGAACUCGCCAGACAUUAAUUGUUCAUGCUUUCAAUGUGUUCAUUGAAAUUAAACGUGUAAAUUCUUUGCUUUGUCAAGGUUUUAGAGAGUGAGAAGUGUUGUUGUGAUAGGUGUUCUGCUUGUGUUAGAAGCUACUUCAUUAUUUGUUAUACGCAUUAAAUGUAGAAUAGUAAGGUCAUCGUAACUUUGUUCAGACAUCAACGAAGGUGCUUUCUAAAGAUUAUCAAGACUAUAUCGAUAGUUCGACUAUUUUGAUCUUUGCUAAUACAGCGCCGCCGGGCAAUGUAAUACUAAUUAUGUUGUACUCCGUUGUACUCUCUUCCUUGCCAUAAAAAGUUCCCAAACAAUAAUUUAAUAUUAAACUAGAACCCAAGUUGAGAUUCUUUCAACUAACUUAUUUUAUACAAGCUUCCUCACGAAAUGCUUCAUUGAGCUAUUGUUGAUUUUGCAGUGAAAUCCAAAACGCUAUUUAUUAUAUUCAUGUUACAAGUUUUAUUCGGUGCAAUGCCCUCAGAAAGAUACUUGCAAUCGGGAAUCUUCGUUGGAUUAUGACUUCAUUAAUCUAAUUUAUGAAUAUUUAUAACUAUGCUGCUGAUAAUAUGGUGAGCUAUUAAUUUUGUACCGUAUUUGUGGAGGUCACGAGCCUCUUAAUAAUUCAGGAAAGACGCAUACGAAUCUGUAGUUCUUAAUGACGUCCUGUAAGUUCGAUUUUAGCUCAGUGUCUCUAGAUCGUAAGUGUGUCUUGGUUCAUUGCCAUAUCGGAAUUCAGCUCCACCGGAUAUUGGAGUUCUGCACUGAAAUGAAAAUGAAAGCGUUUGCUUCUUACUUCAAUUCGGCGUUCUGAUAGAAAAUGCUUGUCACGAAUUAUGCCGGUUUCUACUCAUCACCGCAUCAGCAUGUUCUUUUCAAUUGGCAAUACAUAAUAUCGGAUUUUUCGCUGCUUUGUGGGAAGCCAUAGCUGUUUAUUAGCUCCAAUGAUCUAAGUUUUAACUUGGAAGGCGUAGACUAAAUUCUGUUUAUCCUACCCAUCGAUGAAGAGUUGUUGAUCUUUUUAUUUGUUACCGGAAUUCACUGUUAUUUAUGUAGACCUGUUUGGAAGCUUUCUCAUAGAAUAGUGAAGCAAAUAAGAGCCGAGAUUUAAUGGCGAUCGUAAGUUUUUACCUGAACAGAAUGAACGUGACCUCCUUUUUAUAAUGCUCUUCAAUUCCUAUUAGGUGUACAUUUAUUCUGCUGUGCUUUCAAGUGUUUCAAGAGUUCGACUCCUUGCCAUUACUUAUGGUGUCGUUCAUUCGAUGUGCGCUAGUGACCUGACAUUUCUCCGUCAAGCUGUCCUGUAGGGGUUUUUAUUUCUAGUAAAGUUCCAUUACAUAGGCGCCAGAAAAUCAGCGCCAAAUUUUUGUGAAAGAAAUCUGUCCAAAUGAUGCUGUUCAAAUUUGCCACUGAUGAACCUUUCCAUUCGCUCCAAUUAAAUGAACCAGCCAUUAGAUUUCACCUUCUAUGUUUCAUCUUCAAUGUUUUAAAGUUUUCUUAUACUCUUGUUGCCUUUU